AAGAGAAGAAGGUCCUUUUCCUAGCCAUCUUGUGGCUUCAUCAAGCGAAGUGUUCGCACCAAUCCUCGUAGAAUCGGAGGAAAAUCCUGCUGAAGGGGCGCCAUCAUGCCCGGACAAAUGCAAGAAGGUUUUGGCUGUGCCAUCACCAAUCGGUUCGACCAAUUAUUUGACGAUGAGUCGGAUCCCUUCGAGCUGUUGAAGCAGGCGGAGAUCAAGAAGAAGGAGGCUGCUGCGCUUGCCGCCCUGAAGCCUGUCGUCCCGGCCGUGAAACCACAGAAAAAGGAGUCGCAGAAAGACAGAAAGACCCCACUGGCGGACAAAAAAGAGGAGUUCCAGGCGCCCGUUCCCAUCAAGAAGGAUGGUGUGAGGAUGAGGGGAAUGGGACGGAGGCCGGAGGGUGAGGGCCCGAGGCCCCAGGGACAGGGUGGCCCAGGAGAGGGCAGGCCCCCAGCAGACAGACGGCCGGUGGACAGGCGGCCCCCACGCCGCUUCGAGCGGCCCGCUGGCGAGGGCGGAGAGAGGCCCGCCGGCGAGGGCGGAGAGUUCUCCGUGGAGAAGCCGAUCGGCGACAGACCAAUGAGGGGGCGCGGUGGCGGACCCAGAGGCGCCCGCGGAGGCGGCGUCACCAGGGGGCGGGGCAUGGGCCGUACCGAUGGUUUUGACUCCCGAGGAAAGCGUGAAUUCGACAGACACAGCGGCAGCGAUCGAUCUGGCCUGAAGGGCGAGGAGAAGCGAGGAGGCAGCGGAUCCCACAACUGGGGAACCGUCAAGGAUGAACUGACCGGUGAGCUCGACCAAUCAAAUGUUACCGAGGAGAACCCUGAAGGAGAGGAGCACCCCGCCGCCGACUCUGAGAACAAGGAGAACGAGGCAGAGGAGCCCAAGGACGAGAGCCCCAAGGAGAUGACGCUGGACGAAUGGAAGGCAGUGCAGGACAAGGAGCGAGCCAAGGUGGAGUUCAACAUCCGCAAGGCCAACGAAGGCGCCGACUGGAAGAAGGGCUACGUGCUGCACAAGUCCAAGAAGGAUGAGGAGAAAGGUACUCUGAUUGAGGCUGAAGCUGAUGAAGUCCCCAAGGCUGAGGAUGAACACCGCAAGCCCGCCAACGACAUCACCGCCCAGUUGGAGAUCAACUUCGGCGACCUGGGCCGCCCAGGGCGGGGCCGCGGAGGUCGGGGUCGCGGCGAGGGCCGCGGAGGUCGGGGCGCGGCGAAGGGCCGCGGCGAAGCUCGUGGUGGCGAAGGGCCUGCCGCCAGGCCGGCCCGCGGUGGGCGGGGCGACAAGGCCAGCGGUGUGUCAGUGCCCAACGUGGAUGACCCUGAGGCCUUCCCGGCACUGGCCUAAGCCCGGGCACUCCGGAGCCCCCAGGCACCUCCACUAUGAGGCUAGCAUGUCCCUGGAUCCUUCAGCAAAACGUAUUGAUGGAGAAGACUGUCAUCCUCGAUGGCACUCGACUUUGAGGACUGAAUUUUACCAAUUACAAAAAACGAAAAAACAGAAAUGAACACAAAAAAACAAAGAAAAAAGAAAAGGACUUCUUGCUACUCUGGAGCAGAUUACUGGUAGAGGUUUUGUACUUAUAAACAAAGUAGCAGGGGUGUUUUUCAUACAGUAUUUUUUUCAGAGGUUAUGCAUUGUUCAUUGAUACUUUGUAAUUGCUGCUUAAAAUAUUUCCAAAUAUAAGAAGCGCAUCCUUUUGGCUUGGCUGUUGGUCAAGCUUGCUUGCUUGAUUGCUCCCAAACAUGCCUGGCAGCAGGUCAAACCAUGCUCAUAAACUGUACCACAAUGGGUAUUUCAUAAAGUUACUGCCUCACUUCACUUGCUGAGAUUUCAAGGACUUUUAUUUUACGACAUGGCGGCGGUUUUCGAUUUGUCAAAGACGGGUCUAUUCUAUGAUGCUCUCUUGGGAGAGACUCUUUCAGAAGGCGCUGGUGAGGCAAACCUUCCUCUUUGAUCUAGAAAUCAAACGUAUACUUGGUCAAAACGGCUGUGUAUUUUCCUCUGACCCUACGGGACUUAGUCACUUCGACCGGUCAACGGAAUUGACGCCGACGCUUUUGACCUCCACUCGACUACAAGUGGAGCGCGUCUCAUUGUGGAGAAACUUCUACCCUUGUCCUUUUUUUCGUCUGCACUGAUCAUAAGCUUAGAAAUCUGAACGCCUUGGUGUUUACACUUUAAUCAAAAGGCAAGGCGAGAAGUGUUAACACAAUUGAGACGCGGGCGUUAUUCCAAACCUUAAAACUACAGUUUCAGCACUCCAGUGACAUCGGCCCUGGUCCAUCUGUGUUCUGCGCAUCGUUUUUCUUGACUCCUUCGCCUCAACAGUGACGCCACUGCAUAAUUGCUCUGAAAGAAAUAGCUGUCCAUCCUGAACAGCCAAGUGGUGAAAGCUACGGGCUGUGUGAACUCUAGCCCUGCUAUUUAGACCUCUGUUGGUAAAUAAAGAUGGUCGAUUCAU